AUGGAUAUGUUCGUAUACCUAAAUCCGUGGCUAUUCGCCUACCAAACCCUCGCGAUAUUCUGGAUAACAAUCAUCGCUGAGCGGAUAUACGUAACACGGGUACUUAGGUUAUUUUACUUACUCUUCACGUUCCUGGAGAUAUGGGUGCUGAAAAAAGCCACCGUAUUUCCCGUCACCCAUCCAUUUACCAUCACGAACUCUCUCCUGAUCCUCGUCAUUGUAAGCUACUACCGCGUCAUACAUCACCGCACGGCAGUUUUCGGGGACCCAUUCGACAUCGAGUUCCGUCUCUGGCGGCUCAUUGGCCGCAGCACUGACGAGAACUUGCAGCUGAAUCUCGGCAAGCAACUUAGACUCCAACAGAUUGCCCGCAGGAGGAUCAAGUAUGAAAGAAUAGCCACUCAAGAGAUAUCCGGAAGGACUGUUGCAUCUACGCAUGCGAAUGCCUUGGCGCUUGAGCAGGAGACUGCAAAAUUCGGGAGGUUGGAGGCUCGCCGAGAAGUGGCCUUUCAGGCUUGUCAGAGGUUCUCGCUGGAGGAGGAGGGAAGAGAAGCUGGGAAUGUCAUGGCUGUGGCCAUGAGAAGGGUGGAUAUCGAUAAACGCACUGGCAAGGAUAUUCUUCGAUGGUUGUCGGGGGAGAUCAAAGAAAGUGAGGGUUUCAUUAAGCCUGUGAAAUGGUCCAAGGACAAGAAAACAGGGGCGAUAACUUGCCAUAACGGCUAUACAGACGAGAAUGUUCCAGUAGAUUACUUUUCCAAUCCUGACGAUUUGAUCAUUGGCUCGGUCUCUGUCACGGCGCCAAGCCAGAUAGAGCCAGCACUAUCCCUAAUCGAAACGGCACUGGACCACAUACGAUUCUACGAUAUCAACAAUUUCCCGGGCCAUGAAGAUGAGCGCCUUCACCCUUCACAUACGCAGUUUAGAAGAGCUGUGGCUGUUAGCUGUGAGAUGAAGCAGUAUGCACCCGAGUAUGUAAGGGGAAAAGUCGGGAUUUUGAAUAUUGAUGAUCCGAAAUGGAGUAAUGAUCAGGGGGAAGUAAAUGUUGAAUAUGUGGAGAAGGAUCGCGAGCUGGUGAGUCUGCUCACGGUAUCAGUUGAUCGAUACCUCACGGUGACAUUCCAUAUCGCGUACAUGUUGCAGCAUAGUGUAGAGAACACCCGCGCAAACCUCCAAACACUAUUCCAAGAUCUGAUCCUCAACAGACACAAGAUCAAAAUCUGGAACAACGUCCCCCGUAGUAUCGCAGCUCUCGACGCAACACUCGAGCACAUAUUCCGCGGCGCCGGCGGCCCAGACCAAGAAGAAGGGCCUGGGCGCCAAAGCUAUCUCGCCUCACUCCGCAAACCCUUCCGUGAAAACGGCCCCAACGACAUCCUCCGCACCCCCGGCUACAAAGACACCGGCCCCGACAACUUUCUCCAUUUCAACAGACCCACCGACACAGAGUUCCGACGCGGUCAGGACAACCCUCCAUGUCCUCUCCAGCUCCAUGGGCCUGGAUUGGACUAUGCGGAUCGCACAUGUCCUUGUGAUAAGGGCAUCAUCGAUAUCACCGCAAUAGUUGAUUGUAUCCUCCGCCAGCACAGGUUCCUUGGGAUAAAUCACGAUGCCCCGCACGCGUUAAGAUCCUGGGCGGCACCACAUGCGCAUUCGAAUCUCAUAUUCUGUGACCUUGUGAGGUGGCUCUUGGCGGGUCACAAGUGGCAGCCGUUCCUCUGCCAGUUCAAGGAAACCGGUCAACUUAAACCGCAGAAGCCAAACACCGAGGGUCUGCAGCCAGAGGAGGCGGAGGAGUUUACGAAUAUAUACAACAUGAGGUACAAUAUGCACAAGGCGGAGAGGGACAAACUUUUUACUACAGGUGGGGAGACUAGGGAUAUAGAGAGGGACGAUAUAUGCCUGUCUUAUGUGGUUGGUGAAGCGGUCGGCCUGGGCUUGAUCUUCAGGAACCUACUUACGUGUGAAUCGCCCAUCCUAAUGGCGGAGAGGCUAAGUCAUUACGCCUAUAAACACACCCUCAAAGUCCCACCUUGCGCCUACGACACCGUACUCUUCAGAAAGCCUGUUGAUCGUACGAUCCUCCCACCUCUCGAGAAAAUGGACUCAUUCACUCUCGGCCUCGAUGUGGACUCACCCGAAACCGCCUACGGCGCCCCGUCGAUCCCUACCUGGGAGAAACUCGCCUCUAACCCCGCCUGGUUUCUCAAACAGAGUACGCACGGUAAGGUCAGUAAAGAACUAACGUUCAGCAAUGUAAUCACCACAGCCUUUAUCUUGACUGGCUGGGAGCACCCCAUCUUGCCUGAGGUUCCAGACCCAAGGGUACCUCCGCCGAAACGCUUCGGGAUGACGACGCCGGCAAAGCUGGCGAGGAAUCUGAGAGACGCCACAGCGGUUUCGCUGGCAGAAGUGCAUAGAGCGAACAGGAGGGCAAAGCUCUGUGCGUUUAACCUAGUUGACAAGGCCUCGGAGACGAACUUCAUAGCGGAAAUCGGGAACGAGUUUGGGUUAAGGCUGGAGAGGGCAAUAGAUACUCUGGGAGGAUCAAGGUCGAAUAUGCCUACCGUACCGGAGGAGAUACAGGAUGAAAACAGAGGGAGGGAUGUAGAUGGGCUCACGAGAGCGGCAAGGUUGGCUGCGAGAGCAACUAGACAGUGUGCACAGUUGGUUUACGGCCUGAGAGCAACCGCGAUCAAUUUGCUAGAUUUGAUAGAGCAGGGGGUAGUUGCUGCUUUACCCACCACAGCGGAAGAAGCAGUGGCUAAAGCGACCGCGGAUGCGGCAAUAAGAUUAAUGGCAGUUGGUGCUUUAGAGAGAGCGAGUGAAGCAGAACUAGUAUCAAGAACUGUUUACACAUGCGCGGUUGAUCUAGAUACCAAUGCAAGAGCUAUGUUUCCAAAUGUUGUCCCUGGGCGUAGGAAUGAGGAAUUAGACCGUACAACGGAAACCUAUUUGAACAGAACGCAGACUGCGGAAACUACGAGAUUGCGCCUGAACGAAGCUGAAAUACGAGUACAUGCGCAUAGCAGGAUGGCAAUACCAGCAGCGAAUAACCCAAAUCCAGAUAUCACGACCACAGAGAGCCCAGAAAGACAGAGAUUGGAACUAGGCAUUGCUAAUGCAGUAACAGAGCUUCAGGAAGCGUCAAAUGCAGAGACAUUAGCGAGGACGGCGGCAUUAGCGGAGAUAAACGCAGCAAUCACUCGCCGUGAAGAAUUGGACAUUCUGUAUGAUGAUGUACAGUCGGGCUUGGACGGGACAAGAAGGAGAAGGCAAGGCGAGAGGGCUGAAUUCGCAGAGAGAAUGCCGGGCCUUCAGAGGGCUGUGGAAACAGAUAGGACAGAUCUUUUUGGUCGGGUAAAUCUAAUCAGAAUAAAAAGGGAAAUAAACGAAGCGCACGCUGCCUUCGAAACUGCAAGAGAGAAUCUUGAAGUGGCAAGGGCACGUGCAGUAGCGGACGGGGAUACUGAUGUGAUGAUCGCGCAGAAAAGGCUUAAAACAGCUAGGGACCAUGCUGCGUUUGCGACGGCAGAGAUGACUGUUAGUCCAACACCAGCAGGCCAGGAGGAUCUCGCCACAGCACAAAGAAGGCUUGAACCUGCACAAGCUGCUUAUAAUGACGCUGUUGAGGCGGUUCAUAUCAGUAGGGGAGUUGAAAUGGAGCGCUUGCUGGCGUCCCGAACUGCGUUAGAGGAUGCCUACUUGAAUUGCGUAAAUGGGACAUUCAGUACAAUCCAAAGAGCCUAUGAUAGAACAACAUACGCAAUAGCCAGGGAUUUUGAAGCUCCAGAGGAAGUAGCAAUCGUGGCAUCGACACAAGAGUUGGUGGGACUGGCAGAGAUCAUACACACACGCGCGAGACAACUUAGAGAUAUGGUGGAAACCCUCAGCACCCAAUCGUUGAGGUCAGAGAGAACCUCAAACGGGGCGAAACAAAGCAUAAUACAGCAAGAGGUAUUUACUGCACGUUUGCCAACUAUCAGUGCUGGAAAGCUCGUUGUCGAGGGUAACUUUGGCCUAGCCCUCACGCUCCGGAACCUGGCUGCGAGGAAUUUCCGAGUCAGUUACAAGUUAAUGCCUCAAGAGCAUGCCGCCCCUUUGCUGCAGGCUUCAAAUCUCAGUAAUGUGACUUGGUUUGAGAUAUUUACAGAUCUGUUUGAAUGGCAUUGCGGAUUGGGAACUCCAGAAGCUGCAAGAAUUACUGCAAAUAACCCAGCCAUAUCAACAAAGGGGAGUGAAGCAGCAAUUCGACAAGACUUUUUAGGUAUUGUCCAAGCUGAAGUACCAGAUCCCGCGGUGCCUGGAGGGCUCGAUAGAAUGGGGGCUGCCAGUCACUUAGAAGCUACUCGAAGAGCAAGGGAGAGACUCGCCCGGCUACACGAUUAUGUGGACCUCGUCUCUGCCGAGAUUCUUAUCUUUAUGCUAGUGAGAGAGAUAUCUAAAUUUGAGGAGCUCGACGCUUCUCGAAGGUUAGUUCUUGGGAUUGACAGCGCUGUUUAUGACUACGACACAGUAGUCGGGCAUUCACUAUGGGAAUCAGUGACUAUUGAACGUGCAAAGCGUGAAUUUCAACUUGACAAUUUUGUCUAUCAAGAUGCAUAUUGGUUCAAACGUCUUCAGGUCCUUCUGGGACACGAAUUUGCGCAAAAUAUUUCCACUCAGAGUCCAUCAUCGAGACUGGUCCAGGAAUGUGGUGCUAAAGACAUAGCUGAUCUUGUCGAGAUGCUAAUCUCGGAAAUUGAAAGAUUCCUGAAAAUCUACAGAUAUCAGGAAGAGCUUGCGGAUUAUCUCAAGAGGACUGUUAUGAAUUCAAGCAAAUUCGCAAGGAGGCGCCUAGUCGCCAAUGCCAGGGCUCAUGCUAGCAAACGUCCAAAUGCAUCAACGGGGCCACGUGACAGAAGAUCACCUAUGCAAAGAUUUGAAAGAGACACCGCUUUCAGAUCAGGACAUUUAUCAGACAUGGCUAUCUUACAAGACGCUCGUGCGAAACUCGCUGACUGGAGGCUCCCAGAGUGGCUCAGCUAUCUGAUUCUCACAGCGCAAAAGAUAGACUCCGCCGGAACCACAAUAGAGCGGCUGCUUACACGCCCGCCGGUCUUUCUACUGCCUGACAUGACGAUGCCGCAUGCUCCGUGGAUGAGGGCGAUCGUAUCGCUGCUUACUUCAGACCCUCAUAUUGAGCUAGACAGCUGGGAUGGGCUCCGCAAGUGGUGGAGAAAUGGCAUUUUUAUCCAGGGAAUUGGCUUGGCGGAUGAGCACGUGGAACAGUCGGUGCUCCCGGAUCUGGCAAAUAUCACGCAGGAUGGGAGGGCGCCGAAUCCUGUACCGCAGCGUGUUAUUCAGAACCGAAGGAUACAUAAUGCUACGCAUAGGGCGUUCGUGAAUACGUCUCAGUUGGCCGACAGAGAGUUGUUUUGCUACCGUUUUUCUACUAGCAUGUCCCUUGGGGUGCCAAGUAUUUUGUGUUUCCUUGGGUGUACUCGUCGACUUUUUGUUUGA